AUGCAGAACAUCCUCGAGCAGAACUUAGACAUGGCCACGGCUCUGCUGGCGGGAGAGAAGCUGAAGGAGCUGAUCCUGCCUGGCUCUUCCCAGGAUGAGAAGGGAGGAAUGCUGGCCGGCCUUAUGGUCCAGCUUAAACUGGAGCUACCAUUUGACCGCGUAGUCACCAUCGGCACCGUCAUCAUACCCAUCCUGCUCGUCACUCUUGUCUUCACAAGGAACUUUGCAGAGGAGUCAAUCUACUGCUACACGCCUCACAACUUCACCCGUGACCAGGCCCUGUACGCACGAGGCUACUGCUGGACAGAGCUGCGUGACGCCGUUCCCGGGGUGGAGCCUGACCUUCGACCUUCGCUGUUUGAGCACAAGUUCCUACCCUACGCCCUGCUGGCCUUCGCCGGCAUCAUGUACAUCCCUGCUUUGGGCUGGGAGUUCAUGGCCUCCACAAGACUUACCUCCGAGCUCAACUUCCUGCUUCACGAGAUCGACAACUGCUACCACCGGGCUGCCGAGGGCCGGGCCCCUAAGAUCGAGAAGCAGAUCCAGUCCAAAGGACCAGGCAUCACGGAGAGAGAGAGACGAGAGAUCAUCGAGAAUGCGGAGAAGGAGAAGAGCCCCGAGCAGAACCUGUUUGAGAAGUACCUGGAGAGGCGAGGCCAGAGCAACUUCCUGGCCAAGCUGUACCUUGCGCGCCACCUGGCCAUCAUGUGCCUCAGCUCCAUCCCCAUCUCCUACCUGAGCGCCUACUGGCACCGCCAGCGCCAGAACGAGUUCAGCUGUGCCCUGGGGGAGCCUCCAGACUCCAGCAGCAUCCCUGAGCUGAGGCUCAGCGUCAACUGCAAACUGCCAGCCGUGCAGCUGCAGCGCAUUAUGGCCGCCGUAGACAUCGCCCUGCUGAGCACCAUGAACCUUGUCAUCCUGGUCAACCUGCUGCACCUGUUCGUGGUGCGGAAGUCCAACUUCGUGUUCGACAAACUGCACAAGGUGGGCAUCAAGACGCGGCGGCGCUGGCAGAAGUCUCAGUUCUGUGACAUCAACAUCUUGGCCAUGUUCUGUAACGAGAACCGCGACCACAUCAAAUCACUCAACCGCCUUGACUUUAUCACCAAUGAGAGUGACCUCAUGUAUGACAAUGUGGUGAGGCAGCUGCUGGCCGCCCUGGCCCAGUCUAACCAUGACGCUACACCCUCUGUGAGGGACUCAGGCAUCCAGACCCUAGACCCCAACAUGGACCCCUCUCUCUUGGGAGUGGGGGAGCUGGGAGGGGAGCCGCUGGUCAUCAAACGACCACGCAAGAAGAUGAAGUGGAUCCCCAGCUCCAAUCCCCUCCCCCAGCCUUUUAAGGAACCUCUGACAAUGACGCGUUUGGAGAACAGCACUAAGACUGAGAAGCCCAAACCGGUGAGGAGGAAACCAGUGGCAGAGAACUAUGUUGCUCCAUUAAGCAAGAGCACACAGUACCCGCCCUCUGCCAAAGAUAUGAGCGCAAUGGAGAAAAAGCACAGUCGCAACUUUACCCUGGAUGUUCACCCAUACAUGCUGACCAUCCGUAAGCCCACCAAGGUAGAGACAGUCAGCACAGAGCCUCUGCCCCCUGACCACACCCUGGACUCUGUGUUCAUCGAGGGCACACACACCAUCGUCCAUGUCUCUGCUUCUAUCACAGAAAAGAAAGAUUGCACCCCAGAGUCCACCAACACGGUCUUCUCUACAAUGACCGUCCCCACCAGCAUCUAUCUGAACGAUGCCACUCCCAGCCCCAACCCACCCUCCCUCGCUGACUGCCACCCUACAGAUUCCCUGAUCGAACAAGAGGAGCCCGAAGCCCAGCCUGCAGUCUUUACUCGGAUCCCUUCCCACCAGCUUCUAAGUAUGCACCAGAUACUCAGUAUGGAGGAAGAGGGGGCUGGAGGCCAGGGGGCCAGACUGGCUGAGAGACCCGUGGGGGAACUAAUCGCUGCUGGGGAGUGCUGA